AACAUCUACGUCGAAGUAUUCUUCAAGGUCGUUUGGAUAAACAAUGGAUUCCCCCAAUUUGUUAUCUUUAUCCCGAAGAAACGAAUCCUAACGUGUUGAGUAGACAUUGAAAGACACGCUUGAGUCAACCAUCACAAGUGGCACAUAUAAAUUGCCUCUGAUGUGUCGGUGAACACAGUGCAGAUUUUCAGAACGUCCAAACGCGCACGAAUUUUGAUUCAAUCACCUCUUCCACACGCCGACGCACACAGAAAUGGACCUAAGAGAAUCCAUCAAGAACCAAACACAAGCAUCACUUCAGCUUGCACAUCACUUGGUUUCGACUGAGGCCAAGGAAAAGAAUUUGGUGUUCUCGCCGCUCUCGAUUCACGUGGUGUUGGGUCUGAUCGCGGCCGGAUCCAAAGAUCAAACCCUUAAUCAGUUGCUUAAUUUCCUCAAAUCGAAGUCCACUGAUGAACUCAACUCACUCUCCUCUCAGCUUGUAACUCUCAUUUUCGCUGACGGUGGCCCCCUUGGUGGGCCUUGCUUGUCAUUCGCUAAUGGGGUUUGGAUAGAUCAGAGUCUCAGCUUCAAGCCCAGUUUUAAAGAAAUUGUUGAUAAUAUUUACAAGGCUGCUUCUAAUCCUGUUGAUUUUCAAACUAAGGCUGUUGAGGUAAUCGGUGAAGUCAAUCAAUGGGCUGAAAAGGAAACAAGUGGCCUUGUCGAAGAAAUUCUUCCACCUGGCUCAGUUGAUGCUUCCACGAGGCUCAUCUUUGCAAAUGCAGUGUAUUUCAAAGGAGCUUGGAGUGAGAAGUUUGAUGCAUCAAUUACAAAGGACCAUGACUUUUUCCUCCUAGAUGGGAGCUCAGUACAAGUACCCUUCAUGAGUAGCAAGAAGAAGCAAUAUAUACGUUCCUUUGAUGGUUUCAAAAUUUUGAGCCUUCCGUAUAAGCAAGGUGAAGAUAAGCGCAAGUUCUCUAUGAACUUCCUUCUUCCAGACACCAAAGAUGGAUUGCUGGCUUUGGUAGAGAAAGUCAGUUCGGAAUCAGGAUUCUUGGAGCAUCACCUCCCAUAUCAAAAGGUCGAAGUUGGUGAAUUCCGUAUCCCAAAAUUCAAAUUGUCAUUUGGGUUUGAAGCCUCGGAAGUUCUCAAGGGACUGGGAGUCGUGUUGCCUUUUUCUGGUGGUGGUCUCACAGAUAUGGUGGACUCACAAGUUGGUCAGAACCUUUAUGUUUCUAGCAUUUUCCACAAGUCAUUUAUCGAGGUAAAUGAGGAAGGCACGGAAGCUGCUGCUGCUUCUGCUGGUCUUGUUAAACUGAGGGGUUUAUUAGUCGAGGAUGAGUUCGAUUUUGUUGCCGAUCAUCCAUUUUUGUUCAUCAUCAGAGAAGAUAUGACGGGGGUAGUGCUAUUCAUUGGGCACGUUCUUAAUCCUCUUCUUGGCUGAUCAAAUGUACUGAACUAGACUAUUACGUAUACAUAAUAAGAGUCUCAUACAAUCGAUCGAGGUCUGUAUUUUUCUAAUUCCUAUAGCUUCGAUUAGUUGUGCUUUAUGAUACUGUAUUUGUUGCCUGUCAUCCAGUUUCUCUUGUUGUUGUAAAGGUGGUUCCAUCCAUACACUUGAUUGUUAUGUGCUUUCUAAUAUCUUUAUAUGACCGUUUUCUAAGACUGAUCAA